AUGGUGGUCGGGAACCGUGUGAUCGAGUCAGCAGCGCAGGUGGCCGAGGGCGAUCUCCUGGCAGCCGCGGAGAGCAUAGGCAGUGCAGCGGUCGUCGUCGGGCGGACGGCGGAAAGGGUCGGCCAAUUCGCCGGCGAUUUGACAAUGCAGCUCACAGGGAUUGCCUUGGCUACUGUGAAGCGAUCCGUGGAAGAGGGGGCCAAGCUCGCAACGGCAGUGGGCAACUUCAUUGCAGACCAAGCAACCGCAAUCGGAAACGAGGUGGCCAAAGUGGGACCCUUGGUCGCGGGCCUAGCUGAAGACACUUGGAAUGAAAUGAAACAAUUCCUGGACUGCUUAAAGCCAUCCCUGUCACUCUGCGCAAUUCUCAUUGGCCGGCACUGUGACUGUGGAGCUGGCAGCUAUGUCGAGGUAGAGUCCGAUAGGCUGGAGAUGAGAUGUGUGUUUCUGAAAGUAUCCGAGUUUACGAACGGCUUCGGGAUCAAAGCCCAAGCCAGUCAAGACAUCAAUGGCAACUCAGAGUCUGGGACUGCGAUACUUCCCGGAGAGGAGUAUGAGCAGGCCUACGAGAUGCUAGGCCAGGCAUUGAAAUCCCGCGACGAGGCCCUGAACGAGUUGGAGAGCCCUGCACCCGCCGGCUCUUGCGAAACGAGUCUCCAUUUGGCCGUCGACGGGGUCGCUCAAUUCGGCCCUGACAUCAAAGCGACUGUCCACAGCAACGGCAACACCCACUUCGAAAUCAAGGGAUUGGUGCGUGCAUCGGUCGACACAAUAGUGACCGCAGAGGGCAGCUGCGGGUUCUUCGCUGAAAGAAGUUUCCCAAGACAGCCCAAAACGCAAGUCUUCUGCGCCGGAAAGUUCUGCAUCAUCAUUGCCUUACAGAUGAUUGCCCAGUUGGAGAUACAGGGUGUCCUGACAGGAACAGUGGAAAUGUCACAUGAUGUCGAUUUCGAAAUUUAUGCCACCGUGGACGUCACAAAGGGGGGCCAUUCAGAAGUACAUGUGACGAGCCCAAAAAUCGAGUUCAAGAACAGCGAAGCGAUCGCGGCCAGUGCUACUGCUUCUGUACGUGUGGGCGCCGGCCCCAAGCUGACAGUCUGGCCGAUUCCAGGAGUUCCGGUGACCUUCAACCCGAUGGCUCACGCCGAAGCGAAAGCUCAGGGCACUGUUGGAGUUGCUGAAUCACUCUUACAGGAGUCUUCUCAACUUUCUUCUGAAGCAAACACCAGCUCGAGCAUCGUCGAGGCCACGGCAACGACACCGAAGCUCAAGCUGUGCAAUGCUGCGGCCAUCAGCAUCUACACCGACUUCGGCAUCACUGGCUUUGCGCUUCCGCCAGAGCUACGUGCUUAUUUCUCUGACGAUAUUCUGAGACGUGCCAUCGAGACGGCGAUGGAACAGGGUGCAAGGGCGAUGAUCAAAAUGAUGGCAGGGCCAUUACAGUGCCUUCCAGGUGCCAGCGAGGUUUCGGACACAAUCUUGGCAGCAGCCACCAGAGCUUCUGGAGCAAUAACCGCCCUGAUCCCCGGACUGGGCCUGAAUUUCAACUUCAAGUCCAUUUCGCUCCUGGACCCAUUUAAGAUGUUCUGCGAGGAGGUCUGGACCUCUCCCGAUCCAGGAUUCGGGAAAGUUCCCUGUGCGGCAGACCUUGGGUGCAAGCACGCCGGAAGGGGGCCCCCAUCUGAGUCUGAGAUCGAGGUUGUGGAACCACAGCAAAUCGAAGAAGAAUCCGAACCUGUAGUGUCAUCGACAGAUUCAGCCUGCUACAACAUUCCGAUGGGUGAUCGCUUCAUUCAGAUCGGCAAGUUCCGCAUCGCCGACAUGGAUGGGGAGACCCUGGUCAUCUCGCAUAAGGACACCAAAAAUGUGGCAGCACGGUAUCUUAAGAGCGGCAAUGCUCACCAAGCAGGUUCGACAUUGGAUCCCUGGGACCGGACGGCUGGAACCGCCAAAGGCAUCAAGUUUGGCUACGAGUUCAUCCAAAUUGGGGACUUCCGCUUUGGUGCCGUUGAUGAGGAUGAAUUCUCUGUUGCAUCGACGACGGGGUCUCGCACCAUACAAACCGUUCGGAGGAGCGACGGGCACAACUCGAUAGGGGCCAACACACUGGACCGUGCAGAGGGGCCAGCAACAGGCAUCACUUCUGGCGACAAGUUUCUGCAGAUAGGCAAGUUCCGAUUUGUGGAGGAUGGUGGUGACAAGCUGCUGCUGUUCUGGAUGGGGGCAACGCCGCCGAAGGCGCUACAAAGAUUUAACUCAGACGGCACCGUAAAUUGGCACAGCACUGGAGCCCCGGCUAUUAGUGGUGCUGUCAUGCCAGAUCGAGCCUCGAACCCGUCGAAAUGCAGAGACGUUGCAGAGAUGGCGCAUGGCCUUUGCCGUAAAUCCUUUGGAACCUGGGGUGAUCGCUUUAUCCAGUUGGGCAAAUGGCGCCUGGCAGCUCUUGAUGACGAUUCCUUCGUCUUUGCCCACGACAUCACGGAGAACGUUGUUUUCACCAGGGAUGGCAGGAAAUUCUGGGGGUACAGCAACGAAGUUUGGCGAAGGUUGCCGGGCUUUCCCUACGGCAUUACCUUCGGGCCCGACCUCAUCCAGAUUGGCAACUGGCGCCUGUAUGCUGACGACGACGAGCACCUCAGCCUGUCGCACGCGAGGCAAGGCAAGUACUGGCUCUUCAAGCGCGGCGGGACAGUCGAACGUGGGGAGAACAGCAAUGCCUGGAACGGGUGGAAAGGUACCCGCUCCGCAUCCGCCGGACCUGCAGCGGGCGUCGGCUACGGCGAUCAGUUUCUGCAGAUUAGAAACUUCCGCAUCGGGGCUGCAGAUGGUGGGCACCGUCUCCUUGUAACCCACAUUGGUACCGACGACACCAUCGAGGGCUACACUGAUUUGGGCGAGACAGAGGCCGACGUUCUUCAGACCUACACGGACGACGUCAACGAUCGAAUUGCUCAAUGGCACUGUGGGGGCAUUCAGACCAUCCUUCACUCUUGUCCUGGAAUCACUACAGGUGACAGAUUCCUACAGUUGGGUGACUGGCGGAUUGCGGCCAUGGACUCGGACCACCUGUCUGUGUCGCACCGUGAAGGCAAGACCGCCCAGGUCUUCAAGUCCGAUGGCUCGAUCCUCACCGGAUCCAGAACCACGCACAACAGUUGGCAGCGUGAGGCCAAGGAAAUGCCAGCAUACGACUAUUACAAGCAAGUCAAGUUCGGUAAUCGCUUCAUAGAGUUGGGCGACUUCCGAAUCGGUGAGAUAGACAACAAACUCUCCGUUUCCCACAGAAACCGCCAAUCUAUACGGGUCUUUCAAAGUGACGGCACCUUGCUCCCCACAAGUACCAGCAGCUACGGCUUGUGGGGCCUUCCUGUUGGCCCGCCAAUUGGUGUGACCUUCGGCGAUCGCUUCGUGCAGAUCGGCCAGUUUCGCCUCGGAGACGUGGAUGGAACGCACUUCUCUGUGGCGCAUGUGCAGCGCACACUACAGGUCUACAAGUCAGACGGGAACCUUGAGACGGACAUCGGGACUGACAACAAUACGCACACCACUGCCCGUCGCUCGCUUUUGGAGUGCAGGGUGGUCCCUGAGACGCCGCGGCCCUUUAAGAUUGGCUCCACCGUCGUCAUCUACAGUGAACGGGGGGGCGGAUUUCUGCUGCAGAUGUGUCCCAGCUGCACGGUCUUACUGAAAGCGCUUCGACCUCGCAGUUAG